GGAACACGACCUACAAUACUUAUCAGUUUAUGUUUUUGUGGGUGUGAGGGAUUGUAAAUAGCAAUAAGUACAAUAAAUUGGCUGCUGAACAGUGUUUAAACGUUAUUGUCCGAGCCUCAUGUCAGUUUUAUUGUGAUGUGAAGACGUAAUAUACUACGGAAAAUCUUUUUUUUUAGAAGUGUGAAUAUGAACUUUACUAUGUGCAACAAAAUGUUUAGCCCGUCAAUCGAGAGCUAGUUUAUUUAUAGUUCGCUUACUCACGCAAGUGUUUUGAAUCUAUUGCCAUAUAAUAACAGGGGCGUGAAACAGAAAUUGCUUCUUUAUUUGCAAAGUUAAACUUACCGCAGUCAUUAUGGAAGAUAUAUUUCAGUGGUGUAGAGAAGGUAAUAGCAUGCAAGUGCGAGUUUGGUUGGAUGACACUGAACAUGACAUGAAUCAAGGGGACGACCACGGGUUCAGCCCGCUGCACUGGGCGUGCAAGGAGGGCCACUCGAAGAUCGUGGACAUGCUGAUCCUGCGGGGGGCGCGCAUCAACGCCACGAACCGCGGCGACGACACUCCCCUGCACCUGGCCGCCGCCCACGGCCACCGAGACAUCGUGCACAUGUUGCUGCGUGGUCGCGCGGACGUGAACUUCACCAACGAGCACGGCAACACGCCGCUGCACUACGCCUGCUUCUGGGGUUACCAGGCGGUCGCAGAGGACCUGGUGGCUCAGGGAGCGCUGGUGUCGCUGGCCAACAAGGACGGGGACACGCCCCUGGACAAGGCCCGUGGCUCCCUGGCCAAGCGCCUGCAUGAACUUGCCGUGGAGACAGGACAAGAUUUGAAGAAGAUUACGUUCAAAGAUCAAAGUUGGCUUGGCUUGAAGACCAGAAGUCGGGACGCGACGUUGUCGCGCCACAAGGGCAUCAACAUCGCAGACCUCGCACUGCACACCAAGGUGGCCACGACACCUUCAGGGGAGACGUGGCGCGGCCGCUGGCAGAAGAACGACGUCAUCGCCAAGAUCCUGGCCAUCCGGGAGUGCACCUCGAGGAUCUCCCGUGACUUCAACGAGGAGUUCCCCAAGCUCAGGAUCUUCUCCCACCCGAACGUGCUGCCGGUGAUCGGGUGCUGCAACUCGCCGCCCAGCCUGGUGGUGAUCAACCAGUACAUGCCAUGGGGCUCUCUCUACACGCUCCUGCACGAGGGCACGGGCGUUGUGGUCGACACGGCACAGGCGCUGCGCUUCGCGCUGGACGUCGCGCGUGGCAUGGCCUUCCUGCACAGCCUGGAGCGCAUCAUCCCGGAGUACCACCUCAACAGUCGCCACGUCAUGAUUGAUGAGGACCUCACUGCCAGGAUUAACAUGGCGGAUGCCAAGUUCUCGUUCCAAGAGAAGGGCAGGGUCUACUACCCAGCUUGGAUGUCACCCGAGGCGCUCCAGAAGAAGCCGUCGGAGAGGAACUGGGAGGCGUGUGACAUGUGGAGCUUCGCGGUGCUGCUCUGGGAGUUGUCGACCCGGGAGGUGCCGUUCGCCGACCUCUCCGCCAUGGAGUGUGGCAUGAAGGUGGCUCUGGAAGGACUGCGGAUCAGCAUCCCGCCGGGAAUAUCCUCGCAUCUCGCCAAGCUGAUCCGCAUCUGCAUGAACGAGGAUCCGGGGAAGCGCCCCCGCUUCGACAUGGUGCUGCCCAUCCUGGACAAGAUGAAGCGGUAACUGCCAGCGACUGGACGCCGCUCGAACCUCCCAGCCACAUGCCAGGGGUGGCAGUAGCUUGUGGUGAAACCCUCCUGGGAUGUUUUCCUGGAAGAAACUGUAAAAACUGAGUCUGCUAUGCAAGAAAACUAGUACAGGAAACACUCUUUAAUCCGGCAUGUUCAGCAUCACGGCAGAGUUGGAUUAACACUCUUGAUGGUUUAUUAAGCUACAAUAUAUGUAGUUUUAACGGGAAUACCAAAGAAAAUUUAUUUACAGUACAAUGGUAUUUAAGACAAGUUGUAAAUAGCUUCUCAAUGCCAAGAAGAAAUACACUGUUAAAAAUAUUGAUGUUCUUAAAAGUAAUCGUUUUAGUAUCCGUAUCAGCCAAUAUUCCCAAUUUUUUUUUGGAUUUCCAAUGUAUGUAAUCGUUUCCAACUAAUACUCAAAAAACAGAUAACCAUGGAAAAAGUUCAAUUCAUCUAUUUAUAUGUCACCCAUAUUUCCUAUUUAUUACCUGUUAAAAGUGCUCUAGGCAUCUUUUACUCCAAUUUUAUAUAAUUUAAGCUCUGUUCUUGAAUAUUGUGUUUGUUAAUUUGUCAAAGGAGUAAUUUAUAUUGUGUACAAAUUUUAUGAUGUAAAAUACUUUUUUGUCAUCCAUCAAAAAUCCUUACAAUAAAUAAUUCUUUUAAGGUACUAAUUACUUAAAAACAUUGAAUUUCUGGAGACUUGCACUGUGAUUAUUUACAAAAGGUAUUCAGUCAGUUUUUUAGUGGUUAUUGGGUCUGUUAAAGAAAUUUAUCAGUAAUUGGAUUGGUAUCGGUUGUUAUCUAUAUUACCCAUCACUAUUAAAAAAAAGUCUAAUAUGGGUCAAGGUCAACAAACGUUGCCGGAUUAAAGAUUGCAGACUGUAUAUGUAAAACUGUUGUAUUAAAGCUAAUGUUUUGUUUGGUGGAGAUUUCUGAGGGUGGUUGUGGUCACUGGCUGGUGAGACCUAAGAAAUUUGCGAGUUUAUUUCAUGAUCAAAUAAACUUAAGUCUUCAGAACCAUGUCCUUUGAUGUUACUUCUGUGAUUUUACCACAUUUCAUGUAUGUGCCUUCCGAAAUUCAGAGCCUGUGAUUUAUUUGUGUUAAAAGGCUACAGAAUCACUUGCAACUGAGUCAGGAGGUCUUAUGAAGCCAGCGGCCAAUGAAGAGUCGUAUGCCUAAGACUUAUGUUGUGGGUUGUGUGAUCUAGCGUAAAGCUAGUUGAUCUCACAAAUUUUUAAAAUCUCUACCGUAAAGAAAUGUGCCUAAUUUGUACUUUCACUAAAUGAUCAGAAUUAAUAAUUAAUACGCAAAAGAAUCUCUUAAAUUAUGUGGAUUUGGAAGUGCUGUAAUUUGUUCAUUGAGAUUUAUAGGUGUUAAUUAAGCAUUUUGCUUCUGAGCAAAUAUAUCACAGAUCUGAAUUAUGUAAUGGUGGUGCAUAAUUAUGUGUACUGAUUGUAUCAGUAAAAUUUUGAUUAUUUAGAAGCAUAUCUGUACUCACUUUGUAGGAAGACAUCUUAAGAGGGUUUUUAUAAAAUUUCAAAACUUAAAGUGAAAUAGAAUGUAAUUUCAUGCAGAUUCCUCAUGUGUUAAAUGCAUUUUGAUUUUGACAUAAAAUUUUGCCUUAAAUUUCUUACACUCCUGUUAUUAAAUACAUAAAGAUCAACAUUUUUUUAUAAUUUUUCAUUAGUUAAAUUUUACUGGGAAAGACUAUAAGAGGAAUUAAUUUAUUCAGAUGGCAUAAUUGCUUUUAAGCCAGAAUUUUUAAAUCAUGUAGUUGUAAUAAUAUUUAGUAAUUCUAACAGACAUCACCAAAUUGCACAUGAAAUAACAUGUGAUAUAUAUAUAUAUAUUUUUUUUAGAUUGAUAUAUGUGUCGAGGAAUUGUGUAUGUUCUGUUCAAGCAAGUACUCUCAAUAUAAAUGCUACUGAAAUCAAGAAUUUCCACCAAUGUCACAUUUCAUCCAUAAUUUUUAUGACUGCUUAGUUCAUGUUGUUUGAGUUUGAAUUUGUGAGAGAAUGUUCAUAUUUUACUGUUAUUUUUAUACACCAUGGUCUUACUAUAUGAACUGGCUACUGUGGAAUGUAGCUGUAAAACACCACAGAAUUGAAUGGUAAUCAUUUGUUUUUAGGUUAAAUUAUGUUAGCUGAAUAAUUAAAAGAAACUAUUAUUUCAUAGUUUAAAUAUUUUAAUUUCAACAAACAUUUUCCAUACAAUUAUUGGAGCUGACUUAACUUAACCAACCUUUCACUUUAAUAUGAUUUGUCUAAUAUUCCAGAACCUUUUACAUGACGUGAAAAUUUUUUUUAGUGGGAUUCUAAUUCUAAUUCUUACUAUUUGAAUUUGUUUUAUGUUUUUGUUAAUAAUUUGAUAUUCAUAUUCGUAUUCAAUUUGAACUAAAAAAAACAACUGAUAUUCGCACAGGUCUACAGUUAGCAAUAGUUAUCCAAGUGCCAAAAUUGCUGAAUGAGUUAAUUAAUCAGUUACAUAAACUUUUGUCAUAAAUUGGUGGGACAGUUCUCUAACCUCUAUUAAACAAAUUUUGUGAUGAACUAUCUCUUUUUACAAUUUUGGUAUAUGGAUCACAAUUGCUAAUUGUCACCAGAUUAUUUUUAACUAUUUUAUCAAGACACCUUACUGAUAUCAGGCUUCUGCGAGCAGAAGAUUUUCACUUCGAGUCGAGCUCGAGCGAGUUUGCUAAAAUACUCGCGAGUAUCGAGUCGAGUUCGAGUUUUUUUUUAAAGUUUAUUGCACAUAAAUUUACUGUGAUGGAGUAAUAAAAUGUGAGAACUUUUGAGAAAAAUAUGGAAAUAAAAAAAGAAACCAUUAUCAUUGUUAGCCUACUAAAUAGAUAGACCUACAUUAGAGGUCUGCAAGCCUAAGAAUUUUACUUUGAGCUAAGCUCGAGCGAGCUUACUUGAAAGUUCUCGAAGCUUGAGCUUUUGUGAUACAGUUACACUUUUGGGAAAUUAUUUUUACCUUAAACUUAGUAGGUAUAAUGUUUGAAUAAAGUAUUAAAAUGAAGUGGGCUUAUUAAUUUUGGGUAACUAUUUACAGAGUGCUUUUAUAAUUUGCACUGCUAGGAAAAAAAACAUGUUUUCCAUUGAAUCUAACCUGUUUCCAUUGGUUCAUUAGCAACUGAUAUCAUCCAACUAACAUAACCACAGUUUACAAGUACGUAUAUGUUUGUGUAAAUGUAACAUAUCUUUGGAAUAAUUUCAUCCUUGUCAAUUUUUCUGGAGUCCUUACUGAGCUUCAACUAACUGAGCACCAAAAAUCAUGUUGUUUGAAAAGUACAUUCACAUUGUUUCAACAUUUCCACUUUUCAGCACAAAAAUUCUGAGAGAGAUUGUCAUAGAGUAUUAAAUUCUGUUCUUCAAUCUAUCAUGCAGAAAAAUAAUUUGUUCUACACGUUCAGGAGUUAAAUUAGCUCUACGAUUGGAGAUGGUGUUUACAGCAGAUGAGAAGCAUUUCUCGCUGGCAACCUGUGUGGCUGGAAUGCUUUAGUAAAAUUGUUGGUAAAUAUGUAGAGUCGCGGUAUAUGCGGAAAAAAAAUGCUAAAAUUCCGAAAAUACUUUUAUUCUAUGCUCUUUCACUUCCUCUUUUCAAAUCAACCGGCGGAGAUAAGAAAUUCCAAAUACUUUAGGAAUAUCGAAUUUUUUAAUUUUCAUCACAAUACCUGGGUAUUCAUGCGGCGAUCACCAUUGUUUCUGGUUUACGAGUAUCUAUUAUGUUUCUUAUUGGACAAUUUUGUCACGUGACAGUUCCGUGAUUGGCCAGUAUUCAAAUGAACCAAUACGUGAUUAUUUAUUUAUUUAUUAAUGUUCCGUCGGAGGUAUCGCGACGUAGGUGAACGACUACAUCAUUUCCUUCUAAUGGCAAAGGAAAUGUACCCGCCUCCAACUUAGGUGGGUUUUUAACGUUUCUAAUUUUAAAGUCUUAUUUUUUAUUUGGAUAUUGUUGCGCAAGUAAUAAGUAACAAAAAUAUUUUACGUGAGUUGUUAAUGUUCAUCAUUUGUCCGGGUUUGUUAGGUCAGGUCAGUUACAUUAUAAAUACUUUAAAACUAAAGAACCAUUGAAAUUAAUUCACAUUAUUUUUUAUGUCCGCUUAGUUUGAAAGUAUUAAUAAUGUAACUGACCUGACCUAAUCGACCAUUUUAUUUAUUAAGCAUUCACGAACAUACGGCAAAAUAACAAAAAUGGCGUCGGUCUAAUGGUUGUACAGGUGUUGUAUUGCAAAAUUAAAAAAUUCUAUAUCUCCUAAAGUAUUUGGAAUUUAUUAUCUCCGCCUGUUGAUUUGAAAAGAGGAAGUGAAAGAGCAUAGAUUUUUAGCAUUUUUUUUCGCAUAUACCGUUACUCUACAUAUUUACCAAAUUGUUUAACCUCAAAAUUAGUGUCAAUUAUCUGUAACUUGUCAUUAAGUUUAAUCAAUUUAAAGUAAUAAAAAUAGAAGCAUUUUACUUAAUUCAAUUUACACUUGCAAAAAAAACUUACGCACAAUAAACCAACAUGGAAAUUAAAGUCUUUUUCAAUGUCCUGUAGUCUGAAAUAUGUUUACUCAUGUCAUCAAAUGUAGAGCUGUACUGAAGAAGCCGAUUUUGCCAAUAUUUAGUUGAAUCGGCAUUUCUGCCAACUUCCAAUACUCUUGUUAAUUUUCGGCCGAUAUUACUGAAAAACGAAAGAGAGACUGCCAUAACCUAAAAAUCCACGAGUACCCUUUUCACUUUUCGUAGUAGUACUGCAUUCUUUCAGAUCACAUUAUUUCUUAGCAACAUGUGCCAACCGUACAUAUCAAGAUUUAACAUCCUUUUUUUUUCAAUAAUGUUCUUUAAUUUUAAUAUGUCCUAAAUAAAUACAUUACCAUCACGGUAAAUACACUUCUCGGUUAUUACGGCAACUAUAGUGCAAAUGUGGUAACUAUCAUGCUUCUGCAGUAGUUAUGGUAUCUACAAAGAAUCUUUAGUUCUUUUUAUGGUAAUUAUCUUAAGAUAACUAUUGGAAUUGUACUGCAGUUAUGGUACAUCAUCCAUAUUUCUUCGUAAGUUGUUGUUCAUUUGUCUUUUCUUCAUAUUUAUAUUUACGUGCGCCAUUACUGGCAGGAACUUUCAUAAAAUUUUUAAACGGGACUUUAUAUCACACAUUUAAUGGCGUAAAUGAUGAGACCCCGGACAAUUUAAACGCUUUUUACAGUAAAAUGCGGGAAAUGUUUCCGCAUAAAGCGGGAAAUACUUCCGCAUAAAGCAGGAAAGUGAUACAUUAAUGCUAUGCGGAAAAUUAUAGAAGUAAAAAAAAUUAAUCACGGAAAUUCGUAAAUCCCGGGUACGUAAAAAUGAUGUGUUCAUGUAUACGGUCGAUCAUGUUACAUUAUAAAGUAAAGGAUAAUAGUGUUGUAAGACUUUUAUUCCGAUAUAAUGAGAGUUUUUUUUUCUAUAGGUAGAGUGCAAGAAAAGCUCGCUCGAAUUUCGAGUUGUUGAAAACCACGAGCUCGAGUUCGAGUAUUACUAAAAAACUCGACUCGAAACUCGAAUUUCGAGUACUCGCAGGUGUCUAACUGAUAUAUAUGCUGAACUAUUUGUAACAAUUUCUAAGUGUCGGUUACAUAGGUCCUGCUUCUCGUUGGGCUGUGUGCCUCAAAACCAUGCAAUAUGUAUGUAUUAUAUUAAAAAUUAGUUUCAGAAUUCUUGUACUGAGAAUGAAAAUUUGAAUCCAUUGGUCAGUUUUUCACUUUUCAAGUAUGCCACAAUUUCAAUAGUUUUAAGAAAAUAAUUCAUAAACCAGGAUCUAAAAGUAAACCUUUCAGAAUAGAAGUAGUUUUAUUAGUACUGAAAUAUAGGGACUCUAUUUCACUGUUUAUAUGUUAUAGUUUUAAUUGUAGUGUACUGUUCUGUAUAUAAAAAUACGUCAUUCAUUGUGGAUGUAAAAAUAUUACAUUUGGAUAGGAAGAUGUGGAGAGUUUCAUUUAAUCGUUUUGCUGGCUGACAGUUUGAAAAACCACAAUUUAUAACCAUCAGUUUCCACAAAUAUCUAAUAAGUAAAUGAUUUCAACUCACAGACAUGAUAUUCUGCCAUUUUCCGGCCUGAGAAAUGGUUGCUUAGAGCAUAAACUAGCCUAAAUGGUGAACCCUGUGGGCCAGUUCACAGAUAGAGCGGAGACUCAUCUCUGGUCAUGACAUCGCCACGUGGCUGGCAGGAAGUAGAAUUUAAGCUACAGCGACUCCUCCUUUUGUUGUAGCCACCAGAGACACUAUAUUACUGAUUAGAGUUGAUCACUGAAUGACAACAGCGGUAACAACUUUUGCUAUGAUUGUUUUUAUUAUCACUCACAUCCUGUACAGGGCAUUACUAUGGACUUGGCCUGCCCUACACCUGGGGCUGUGGCUGGACGCGGCAUGUGUUAUGAGUUACAUGAUGGUAUCAAACAAUAGCAAAUGUAUGCAGGUACUAAGUAUGUAUGGGCCCCCUGGCCUUUAUACUUGGAGCAACUUAAAGGUGUCUGUGGCGUUUUUCCUUGAAUGAAACUUGGGCUGAUUCCACGUGGUUACGUAUGUGAUAUGCUAAUGACACGCAGCUUAACUGAACAUUACAAAGUUAAAAAACACUGCACGUAAGCGCUACUCCCUUUAGCGAUGUAUAUAACAAAGAACCCUAAAUGUCACAAGAACCAAAACCCAAAAGAAACCACAGUAGUGUGUGCAGCUAAUUACGUAAAGUUAAUAAACUAACAAUGUGACUCUUGGCCUUAAACUAGUACAACGCCAUGUGGACAAAACAAAGGGUGGUCCAGAGAUACCUCAGGCAGAAUUAUUUGAAAAGUAGUCCAUCGCAUGUAUCACCUAACCGCUGGCCCUGUGCGGGCUAAGCUGAAGAAGUCUUACAACUAACGUUCAUUGCAGGAAGUCUGGGAUGCAACCCACACCCAGACUAAAAUCAAGGAAUUGUAUAUUACGUGGAAACGACCCAUGAGAGGGCACAUGUGAUUACGUUCAGUGGUCGGUGAGUUCAGGCCGACCGUGUAGGGCUAGCUGCGGAGCCGAUUAAAGAGGAUUGGGAAAAGACUUGCACUCAUUGCAGAAAAGAGGUCGGGGAUGCACAAAGGUUGGAGGGUUCGGCAGUGUGCGGACACGUCUAGCCCUGUUGAGAGUGGAUGUCGAACUGAGUGAGGCUGUGGUCUCCGCACGCCACCCCAGGCUCACUUCCGAAAACAUGCCACAUGCAAAUGAAUGUGUCAGGCCAUGUGUUGGGUGUGAAAGUGAUCAUAUUUUAGUGCAUAAUUAAUGUGUUGAAAACAAUGACUUAACAUUCCUUGAUUGAGUAAAUUAACAAUUGGCAAGUACCGUUUCAUCCCUAAUCGAUUGUCGCUCGGGCUGCAAUUGACUUGCCGGUGGUGGCGGCCGUUCGCCUUGCUGCACUAUUCUGCACUAGCAUUGCACUGUACGUGUUCGUGCCACUUUGUAGCCACGCGCACGCCCCUGUGAGGCAGCGAGAUGGCAUAGCGGCCUGUGUCAGUUAAGGGAGCACCGACUGGUGUCGUUGGACAUUAGCAAAUGGAAUAGGGUACACUAGUCUAAGAAUAUUUCAAGAAGUGUCUAAGUAGUGCUCUUUGUUGAGCCAUGAAAACCAACAUAAGCUCUGAUAGGAUUAUGUCCUAGCUGAUACAGAUUAAAUUAUUUCCAGUAGUUGUGGUCGAAUCAUUUAAAAUAUAUUUCAAUCAAAUAUUUUUAGAUUCUAAAUAAUUUUUUUUUACCUUGGGCUAUAAAACUAAACUCUUUUGAUUUUAGUGUGGUUUUAUUUUUAUUUCGUUAAGUUACAAUUUAUGUGGUGUGUGUAGCAUGUAUGUGCUUAAGAGAUUAAAAACAUAUAUUUUAUAAUAAAAUUUACAAAUGACAUCUUUGGUGUUUUUAAGAUAGGUCUAUGUGUGCUUGAAAACACUUUCGUAGAAGAUAUUUUUCAUUUUAAUUUUUUCAUUAGCUCAUAGAAUUUUUUUUUUUUACUCAUUUCUGAUUUGUGCGCUUGCAGAAAGAAGUAAUAAAUCCAUGAUUAAAUUUUUUUUUUGCUUGAUUUACUUUGGUUUGCAUGGAUUUAUCACAUAAAGAGUAUAACAUAAAAAUGUUUUGAGGUUUGCUUGUACAUCACAUGGCACAAUUUCCUUUAGAAAACCUUUUUUUAGGAUGAGUAUUGUCCUAAUAUUAAUGUUUGUAGCACAGGAUAUGGAUGGAAAACAGAGUUUAAGAAUUGUUUUUAAAUGUGUAGCAUUGAUGUUAUUUAACAUUUAUUAUUUUGUUGUUCUAAAUCCUUGUGUGAGAUGUUAUAUUAACAACUCCAAUGAAGUAUCUACAUUACCUAUAUAACAGAUAGCCUUCCAAAUAAUCAAUUAUUGUCUACAUUACUAAUAAACAUGUAUGCCUUUCAAAUAAUCAGUAAUUAUGUCUUGAUGGGAAUCAAACAUCAGUUCUAAUUUUAAAACUUUGAUUACUUAUAUUUUAAAACUUUACACAUAAUUAGAAUAAUUUUUAUUACUUUUCAUUUUUUUACUGAAAAAAUUUAAAUUCUCAAUUGACAAUUUUAUCUUGCCAGUUAAUUAAAUCAUAAAAAACAUUCUAAUGAAUAAUUUUUCCCUAUAUUCUAACUCUAUAAUAAAUUUAUAUAGAAUAUGACCUGGUAUUUAAUAUUUUUUGUAGUAGUAUGUUAAAUUAAUUACAUGAAAUCAUAUUGUAUGUGUCUUUUAACUACACAUUAACUAGUGUCGUAGGGAGCACACAUUUGAAGUGCCUUUUAUGUAUAUAUUUAUAGUGCUUUUUGAAAUGUUAAUGUGAUAUAUGUGAAUAUUGUUCAAAUAUCAACUUAUAGUUUUAUACAGAUUUUUUACAGCUGUUCUGUAUCUCCGCUUGCCAGUGAAGAUUUUUUUUAAAAGUAUUUACUGCGAUUUACUUUUAUGUUUUAUAUGUUUUUAAAUACCUUUGAGUAUUCUUGUUUAAAGCAAGUUUUUAAAAUAUUUUAUGAUAAAUUGUGAGUUAUGCAAUAGAGGCAUGCUUUUAGUCUAGUGUGUUUUUUCUUCUCUCAGGAGGAACCUCUAACCAUCAAAUGCAAAACUUAGUUUCAUUAAAAGAAUAAAUACAGUGUCUAGGAAAUUUUUUUUUGUUGAGUUGUAAAUAGAUUUUGUAAAUGCAAACAGUUUUGAACUAAGUGCCAUUUAAUUUGCAUAAGUACUAUUUUAAAUUCAUAUGGUUUUUUGUGUAGAGAAGUAUUCAAUCAGUUUGUUGCCAGACAUAAAAUUAGAUUUUCCAAUAUUCGGAAUUUGGAAAAGUCAGUCAGUAAUAGAAACCCAGGUUUCGAAAACUUACAGGUGAUGGUGUAAACAUACUGAUUCACAGGUUGACCUAGGGCGGGGGUCGGCAGACUUUUGAGUGAGAUGGACCAAAUAUUAAGUAAACAGAUUCUCAAAUUUCUUACAGAGCGGUAACAUAUAUUUUUUUGUAUGUAUCUGCAUGGAAUUUAAGACAGUAAAAAAAAUGAGAUAAAAUCAAAAUAUUUUAUCCACAAAUUCAACAUAAAGUCUUAAAAACAAAGGGUACUUCGGGGGAAAAAAAACUGAUAAAACAAAAAACCUAAAUUAUUUUAAUUAAUUUUUAAACAUAAGAAAAGCAGCUGGGCGUGUGAGAUGGUAGGUGCAAGCGUGCAGGUUGAGGACAUGCCUUGUAAUUGUGCCUCUUGAUUUUGUUUGGCUUUUUUUUUUGUGCUGUGGCAGCACAGUGAGUUGUAGAGCUGUAAAGUCCUAUGAAAGGGCCGCAUGCGGCUCGUGAGUCCGCAGUCUGCCAACCCCUGACCUAGGGCUUUGGGAGCCUUAGUUGUCUCAGAGUUGUUUGUUGUGUUUGAAAACACAAACAUUCUACGUAUGUUUUGUUACCUUAAGUGAAUUAGAUUUGUAACUGCACUUUAUCAUUCUUUAAAUUUCCCAAGAAAUAUUUUUUUUUUUCAAAUAAAGGUAAGGUUUAAAGUAGGUAAGUAAAUUUCUCAUUGCCAGCAUUAACUACUGCAUGUUACCAAAUGAAAGUGGCAUAAUAUGCAGAUGUGGAAAUUCUCUGGUGGGAGAAAGAAAGUGUGAAAAAAAAAAGGUCUCAAUUUUGUAAACAUUGAUGAUCUGAGUUCAGUGUAAGCACAAUUAUAAUUAAACAAUGUCUGGAUAGUAGAUUUGUUUAUAAAUUUGUAUCUCUUUUUUUAUUAUCUGUGCUGAAACCACUGUGAAUACUAAUAAGCAUUAUACAUACUGAAACCUCAUUAUGAAGUAUCUUUCUUUAAAAGAUUUCUUACUUCAGACUAUAUAUUUUGAAAGUUUUGAAAGAUGCAUUAUGAAGUAAGUAGAACCUUGUUAUAAUGUUCUUGCCUAUAAUGUUUUUCUGCUUAUAAUACCUUACUUUUUAAGUCCUGACAUUUUCUCCAUAAGGAAAAUGUAUUAAUUUCCUAUGUUUAAUGUUUCUCGAAAUAUGCAUUGCCUGUUUAUAACGUUUGCUUUAUCCUCAUCAAAGUUAAUAUAUGUAUAAAUAAAAAACCUGAUUAUUCCAAAACUUUACAUAUCUGUGAAGUUUAACAUGUUAAACCAUUUACUUUACAUACAAGAUGGAAUGUACAUUUUUGUUUACAAUCGCUGUUAUACCAUAGAUAGAAUUGUAUGUAAAAACAUAAUGGUAGUGCUGGUUAAUGCAAUGUAUUUCAAUAUAUCGAAGGUACAUACAUUUACAGUUGUUUCUAUUUGCACCUUCCUCUUUGGUGGCGGGGGGGGGGGGGGGGGGAACAAUUAUCUGUUUCUUGCCAUUCUGGAGUGUUUGCAGAAGUACGUAAGUUGUUCUACAAAAUUUUAGUUUGCCAACCAUUCCAAAACAAAACAAAAACACAAACAAACAAACAAAAAAAGUUUUGCUGAUUAUAUUGCUGACAGAGUUAAAUUUAUUUCAUAAGUAGAUAAGAAUCUACAAAAAAAAAUUUCAAGGGGUGAAGGAAUUCAACAUAAGCAUUUCCACUCUAAAGCCAUCAUCGUGCACAGUGAGACAAUUUGACAGAAAUGUGGAAGUUAUGAAGAAAUAUUGUUGGCUUUUUUUUGAGUAAAUUCGAGCAUUAAGAUUAACCAUCUGUGGUUUUUUUCAUGAAAUUUAUUUACAUGGCUUAAUGAGUCCAUUGAUAAGUUCUUACUCAACAAAAGUUAAAUAUAUAUUUCCUGCUUAUAAUGCUUUCCUUUUUACUCAGUUGAUAAAUAUUAUAACAGGGUUCAACUGUACUUAGAUUAUUAAGUACUAAAAAAGUUGGUUUUACAGGUAAGUUGUAAUGAGAUUUCACUACUAUGUCUACUACCUUGUGUGUUCGAUUAUGUUGUCUUGGGUUUUAUUGUCUAUUUUCCAUUAAGAAUUUGUUCAGUGCAGUAAAUAUGUUUUGUGUUUAUGGUUGUAUUGGAGAAAUCUACCUGAAAGAGUAAUGUUGUUCACCACAAAUAGUAUACAAAAAUGUAAAAUAUAUUUUGAUAGUGAUUUAUUGGGAUGAGUUAUCAAUAUUCUAAUAUUAGAAUUUGACUCAUGCUGUUAUAUAGGUGCUUGUGUGUCUUACUGAUAUUUAAAUGUACCAUAUUUACUCGCAGGUGAGUCGCCCCCUCGUAUGGGUCGAAACCCUUAAUUUUGGGCAAAAAAUCUAACUUUUUCACAGUAAGAGUCGCCUUCGAAUAUGAGUCGCACCAUAAAUGUGUUUUAGUUAAAAUACAAGUAAAGUCUUUACGGUCCGUAUCUCAGCUUAUUGCCACAUAAGAAACCUAGUGUCCUUCCCCGCUUCAUGCUUUAUGGCCCUUCCCCCCUUGCCAAAGCACUAUACAACAAAAAAUACAAAGGAAAAAAUGUUUCCCUUCCCCCUCCUCCUAUUAUUUUUUGUAACCAUUGCCUUCCCCAAGAGAAAAAAUACAGGUGUUCUUCAAUAACAAGCACACUCUUUGCAGCAGUUUUGUCAUGAAUGAAAUGUUGCGGUAGUAGAAAGUAAACUAAAUAUCAGGCAAAAACAAUGUUUGGACAGAAUUGCAUCACAAAACCGUGUCGGAGGUAGAAACGUGAUAUUUGAGUAUGCUGCCAGUUCACUGACAUUUAAUGGCCACACUCACUCACACACAUGCACAUGUACACGCACAUACUCCCUUCCCCCCCCCACCUUCUCUCUCUCUCUCUCUGGCUUGUUUGAUUUUAGAUUACCCUCUUGCCAAGCGACUCAGCCGGACGGCAGACAGCCCCCGUCACUUAACCGGCACCGGCUGGGUAGCCUCACGACAGGCGGCAGACGUAGCUUAACAGCGUAGUUCAUGAUGCUUACACACUGCUGAGAUAUUUUAAACAGUUCAUGUUUAAUUGUGACAUAUUUAUUAAAACCAAACAAAGGCUAGUUAUUUAAGCACAACAGUGCAAUGUUAUUUUUUUUUCAAACCCAAAACGGAAAGUUUGCGUAUGGACCGCAGUACUUUUUGCUAAACAAAAAAUAGGCAUAAAAUCUGCUACCCUUACACGGGUAAAUACGGUAUGAUGAAGUGUGUAUUUUUUUUAGGGAAUUCUAAUGCAAUGCAAAUUGUUUUAUGAAUAGCACCAAGAUUUUAUGGUGUUAUAUAAAUUAAAAUUUUGUCUUUAAAAUAGUUCGUUUCAUCACUGUUAGCAACCCUUCGUACAUUAAAAAAAAUCAUAAUAUCAGAGGUAUAAAUUAUCCAGAAAAAAAGAAAAAAUAACACGCACACACAAAUGAUCAUAAAUAAAUGAAAAUAAAAAAGUAAAUCUAAUUUUUUUUAAAAUUAAUGUCUUUAUCCAAGCAUGUAGUUUUAUGUUUUGAUAAGUUUUGUUCUGAAAAAUCAAUUUUUAGGGCUUAUUUACUUCUUCAUUAUGCUUAGAGUAGGCAAUAUAUAAUAACUGAAUAUAUAAGAACUAUUUUUCACAUAAUUAUGUGGGUUUUUAAUUAAGAGCCUAAACUAUAGUGGUAUUUAUUUUUACAUUUUAAUAUGCAAAAUGAGAUAAUUUAAGUGAAAUUGAUUGCAUUUUGUGUUUUGCCUAGCAUUUCAAAGUUAUGCAGUGUAUUGACUUUCAUUUUGAUGUUAAGCGGUGUAUUGACAUCGAUUUCAUGUUAUCAAUAAUCUUGCCUCUACUUAUGAACAUUCAUCAUCAGAAUUGUAAUUAGGUAGAACGCUUCCAAUGGAAGAGCUUAUAGUUUUUAUCUUAGCUACUGCCUUCUCAAUAUUUAUUUCAUUAUUAAAAAUCCUAUUGAUCAAAAUAACUUUCCCACUACAAAUUACAUUAUAAUUAUAUUAUGUUGAUUGAAAACUUACCUGCUUAGUUCAUUGCAUGUUUGUUUAGAAUAAUGUUAUUCGUACAAAAAUAAACUUCCAAGUAGUUAAGAUUAUUACAGUAUGGAUUUAUUGUGGUAUUAAAGUGAAUUAAAAUUUUAUUUUUGGAAUAGAAGCGCAAGUGCCCCUGUGAUACACUCGUUAAUAUGCUCUUGCACAUAAGUGAAAUACAGUUUUAAUCCUUCCCUUGUACAUCUUUUAUAUAAUUUUUACAAUAUUUUUUAUGUGAGGUGUUUGAUUUGUUAGCAAAGAAUAUUAUGCAUAUGCUCCAAUUCUUACAGUCAUUAAGACUUUUCAUGUGGCAAUGUAAAAUUUUGAUGUCUAAUUGAACAAUGAGAUAAAUGUAUGAUAGUACUGUAACCAUUGCAUCUAAUAUUUUACAAUGUUUUCCAGCAAGUUGUUACAGUUAGCAUGUAUGUUGCAGUAUUUUUUUUUUAGAAUCUCUGUAUAAUAUUUUUUGUGUUGAAAUGUGUUUUUUUCUAGUUACAAAUUUAGAAAUUUUUUCUGCUCGUAAUGCUAGGUGUAUAGAAUCUCAUAUUUUGUUGGAUAUAUUGUAAUAUUAGAUACAUAAAUCUCAUAUUUUAUAAUAUUAUAUAUAUAUAUAUAUAUAAAUAUCAAGUCAUUAUAUUGAGUAGUUAUGAAGAGAAGCGUUUGUUUCAUUAAGAAUAGCUUUGUGAAAUGAGUAUUAUCACUUAAUUUAAUGAAAUAUUUAUUCUCUAUUUUUAUGGAAAACUUUUGAGUCCAUGAUAUAAUUAAUCCUGAAAUGUUAAAUGUAAGCUUAGAAAGCUAACAAAUAUGAAAUUGAUUAAUUGCCUUUGUCAAUGUUACUGCCAUCCUUUGCAAAAGACAUUCAGCAUUUUCAUUACGUGACCAUAUAACACAUACAUAAUUAGGUCUUUUAUAAAUACUUAAAUUUUGGGAAGAGAAUGUACUGUAAGUUGCAAAUUGAGUUACCUAGGACACUUAACUGUAGAUAAUUAAAAAAUGUUAUUUACUAUUGACAGAAUGUUUUACUUGUGUUGGGACAUACUAAAAUUUUAACCUAUAAUAAUACCCAUGCAUAAUCAUUUUCAGUUAAAGAGUAAAAAAUCAAUUUAGCAAUGUGUCAAGGUCAUAAAAGAAAAGCUCAUCUUUCAUUGGUUUGUUACGUCCUAGCAUACAGACAGUCAACUUCUCAUAUUUUUGAGGAAAUAAAGCAGAACCUUAACUUUGUGUGUGCAAGUCUCUUAGGUAGGUGUGUUAUUAAUUUGAAAUAAUACUUGCUAAUUAUUUGCAUUUAGCAUCAGUUCAAACAUUACUAAAAAUAUACAGGCUGUUCGCAAGUUGUGAAGCAUAAAUUUAAUGUUUGUCAGGGAAUGUCAAAACAGGCAAUGUUUGUAUAACAUAUGUCUGGAAACCAAACUCUACUUGGUUACAUAUGUGAACAGUAGCACACAAAUUUGAAUUUGGCAGGCUUCAGUGGACUACUCCACCGGUUCAGAGGACUCGUGAUCAUAGUGCAGUGACACUUAGAUAGAGGUGUUAUUAAACCACUGUUUGAUAUAUUUUGAGAAUGCCGACCGUAGAUCGGAUUAAUCUGUUUGAUAUAUUUUGAGUAUGGUACAUUACAGUUAGUCACAAUUACAAUUUUUGCUAAAUGCAGUUAAAAAAUCAUAAGAAAUAUUUUCAGCAGUCAAAAUAUUUUUUUUUUUGUUUGUGAUGGCCAAGAAUUUUCUUUUAAAAGUAAAAUUUGUUACCUACUUAAUUCUUUACAGAACAGAUACACAAUCAUUUAAGCUAAUGUCAGAAGAAGAAAAAAUCAGUCAGAAUUUCUUAAACUGGAGAGUGGCAAUAGUGUAUUUGAAGUGUGUUUUUAGUACAUGGACCACAAUUAUUGUUUCAGUAGCAUCUAAAAUUUUCUUAUGAUGUUGAGUGAAACUGUACCCCAACAAGCUAGAAUUUUAACAGAGAUCAGACCUAAAUGUUGUACACUCAUUUCCUGGCAAAAAGUGUGUGUGUUGUGUAUGCCUGAGCUAUUUGGUCGCAAGUCAGCAGGAAUGUAAUGUCAACAUUCAGUUGUGCCUGUUCUUUCUACUUGAGAUAAAAAUACCUACAACUGUGCUGCCGUGCCAUUAUGCACUGUACCAUAUUGUUGUCAGUCACAUCUCGUAAGGAUUGAAAUAUUUCUAGACUUACAUUUAAGUAAGAUAAUGUAAACACAGUUUAUUUAAGGAAAAAAGAUUAUAAUGUGGAAAUUUAUGAUUGGGAAAUGAAAUCUGAUAGUCACAACGUGAUGGUAAUACGUGUAGUUUCUCUAUUUUCUGUUUGUAGCCCUGAACCCUACAUUUUUUAAACUGAAAUUUUAUUUCAAACGUGGUGACUUUACAUAAGUAAUUAAGUUACUGAAAGAUUUUAUUAUGUUUACGUUGAUAUGGAAAGUCUCAGUUUUCAUUUCAACUUGUAUUUCGAAAAAAAAAAAAAAAACUGUCUUAUGUGAAUUAGUAGCUGGGUAACAUUUCAUCUUAUGUACUUUAGAGAAAAAAAAUUUUUUAUUUGAGGAAGUGUGCAAGGAUGGUAGUUUUAUAAUAAUAAAACCUUUAACUAUACUGAAAGAAAUUGGUUUAAAUUUUGAAAGUGUGUAAAAUAUUGUUUUUAUGUAGUUUCUAGUGUUGACUUUCCACCGAAUGUUGUAUUUUAAUUAUUUUCUUGUCAAAAUUUGUACCUGCAGAUAUUUUAUUGUAAUUUUUUUUCUUACUUUAACUCUCUUGGUUAGUGUAUUAAGUGUUUUGUUUUGCCAUGAAAAAAAAAAUUAUAAAUUAUUGUUUGCAUGCUCUUUUUACAAUCAAAUAAAGCUUACUUUUGAAAA